GGUGCUUUAGAAUGGGACUGGUGCGAGAGAGCGGAGGUGCUGGUAACUCUGGUCUGGUGCCUCUCUUUUUGUGCGUGGUUUCGCUCGGAGAAGUUAACUUGAAAACUGUGAUAGUUUUAAGAGAAGCUUGUGUACGAGUAGCUGCAGUUAGUGUUCUUCAGUUAGAAUCUAUCAACUUAAUAACAAGUGCGCAAUUCCUGGUGUAAAUCAUAAGUAAAAGAAAAGGAGGCCAGGUCGUUGUUGCACUGCAGCGCCCACAGCUGGUUUUCCAGCCAGUUCUGUUCCCUUCCCCCCAUUCUCGGUGGAGCCGCGGCUCGACGACACAACAAAAUGGCUGCUGAUUCACAUUGUUAGAUUUGUGCUCUGAUCCACCGUAUCGGGUGUGAGGCGAAAUUUCCACCUUUUUGUGAACGAUUAACUUGGUUCUCUUGCCUUCGUCUCCACCUUUUCUCAUUCUUUUCUUUUUUUGACCCAAGUUUUGAGUUUUUGAUUUGCUGAUUGGAGUUCUAUAUAAAUUUGUAUCUGUCGCUUGCAUUGUUGCGAUAACUCUGGUUAUAAAAUGUCGAGCCUAGUGAGGCCUCCCGAAUUCGUGAUUGCACAGAAAUACCGUCUUGUCAGAAAAAUUGGCAGCGGUUCUUUUGGUGACAUUUAUCUUGCAAUCAAUAUUGCAACUGGGGAGGAGGUUGCAGUGAAGUUGGAACCCAUGAAAGCCAGACAUCCUCAGCUGUUGUAUGAGAGUAAACUGUAUAAAGUUUUGCAAGGUGGCCUCGGGAUUCCACACAUCAGAUGGUACGGCCAAGAGCGAGAUUACAAUGUUUUGGUGAUGGAUCUUCUCGGUCCAUCUUUAGAGGAUUUGUUUAAUUUCUGCUCACGCCGUUUCACCAUGAAAACGGUGUUGAUGCUGGCAGAUCAGAUGAUUGGUCGGAUCGAAUAUGUCCACUCGAAAAAUUUCAUUCAUCGCGAUAUCAAACCCGAUAACUUCCUUAUGGGCAUUGGUCGUCAUUGUAACAAGUUAUUCCUGAUAGAUUACGGUCUGGCCAAGAAGUAUCGUGACUCACGUACUCGCCUCCACAUCUCGUACCGAGAGGACAAAAACCUGACCGGAACUGCUCGCUAUGCUUCCAUAAAUGCCCAUUUAGGCAUCGAACAAAGCCGGCGUGAUGAUAUGGAGUCCAUGGGCUAUGUCUUAAUGUACUUCAAUCGUGGUAGUCUACCCUGGCAGGGGCUCAAGGUGGGUAAGGCGGCCACCAAGAAACAAAAAUAUGAGAAAAUUAGCGAGAAGAAAAUGUCAACUCCAGUUGAAGUCCUUUGCAAGGGUUUCCCAGCGGAAUUCGCCAUGUACUUGAAUUAUUGUCGUGGCUUGCGCUUCGAAGAGCAACCCGAUUAUAUGUAUUUGAGGCAGUUGUUCCGAAUUUUAUUCCGCACGCUAAAUCAUCAGUACGACUACACCUUUGAUUGGACCAUGCUUAAACAAAAGGCAGCGGCUUCGGCUGCAGUCAUAGGAGGCAGCUCAUCACAGGCAAUGCAACCCCUUCCAGCUCCAGCAGACGAUCGCGAACUGCGUGAGGUACGUGAGCGAGAGGUUGCCGCUCGCAAGUGACUGGCUGGCAGCGGGGGGCGGGGUACGGUCGAUAGGGAGGCGGAACCCAAGGCGCCCAAAGCCGCCAGAACUCAGGAGGCUUGCGACAACGAUCCGGGAGAAUCGCCUGCCGACACCCGUCCGCCAGUGAUGACCAACACCCCCACCGACAAGCGCGUACUGCGCUCGGCCUCCCGCAGAGGGAAAUGAUAGCGUUCACAUUGUCUGUUGAUUUGUUCGAGUGAAUUUGCAACAACCACCACAAAAGAAACACAUAACAAAACCACCUUAAAACAUAUUUUUUUUUGUGUCGCGAUUUACAUUAGGUUUAAGAUUUCAGUAAAAGAAACCAAAACAAACCUUGUGGUUUUCAAGCAGCGAUUGUAUCUUUUUCUUGUAAUUGUCCUCGAGUGAAUUCCCUGUUUCCUGUAAUUCAUUUUUUUUUUAACUGCUAGAUUUUUUUUUUUUUAUUUUGUUAAACUCGCUAUAUCAUCAACAUCCAUCUACCAGCAACACAAACUGUUCAAUUUUACAUAGGUGUUGGCGGAAACCAAUGUAGUGUUUAUCGAUACCUCUUUAUUAUUAUUUUUCAUCCUUAAGAAAAAGUGAUUCAUUUCUUUUGGUAACGUUUGCACUUCUGUUUCGAUAAUCAUUCUUUUGGGUUCACGUCGGAAAAUUCGGUUAGAACCAAUUGUCACCAUCAAUUCUCUCGAAUUCCUCUUGUGGUCUUGAUCACUUCUAUUAUUACCCUACCGUACUUUCACUCCUUUGUUUCUAUUGGAAACAAAGUUGUUCGCUCGGUUCGAUGAAAACUAAUGCUGCUGUCACCUCUACUUUUUGGUUAUGUUUCCUCCGUAAAGCAAUCCGUUCUUACUUCGACUUGGGGGCAGAAUACACUUUUUUGAAAAUAAA